AUGGCCUCUUCCACUGAAGGAAAACAUGGAAAUAGACUGAGCUUUGGAAAAGGAUUUGGGCAUGACGUUCGAAGAGGUAUGGUUAAAAUUGAUCCAAGAUUGCCUGACGAUCUGAAAAAUGUAGUAGUAUGGCUGAAGGAAGAGAAAGACGUAAUUUCUGGCUUGCAUGCUGUUAUCUCGGCAAAGAAAGAAGCAAGCAAGUAUUUUCACAUAUGGGGAAAGAAUGAAGAGGAUGACAUUGCUGACGUUGCGGAAAAAAUGUCCGAAUUGAUGUCAAAAACGCUAGACGUAGAAAUAGUAUUUUGGGAAAAGUACAACCGAUACCGUGACCUUGUCAAGCAAAUACGAGAUGCUGAACACCGCUUGGUCGGACCGAAAGAUAAAAAACGCCGUUUAACCGAUGAACUAGCUCGUCUAAGAAAACAUCAACCUCAGUCGCCAAAAAUUCGCGAUACCGAGUUGGAAUUAAAGAGAGCAACAGAGGAUUAUGAAGCAACGAAAACAGAUGUUGGGAACGUGAAGAGACAGCGACUAAGAGAGGCGCUGACAUUGCUGACUGAUGCCAUGUUUGAGACAGCAGAAAAGGUUGCGAUAAUCGCAGGUUUUUCAUGGUAUUUGGUCGAUUUGAUUGAUAAGGACAUUCUUAAUUUCGGGGAAAGGAGAAGACCGUAUAACGGUGCGGCAACCAGCUCUCAGGUAGUCCAAGACUGCCAAGUUCACUUACACCGCUGGCAGCCAUGCUCAACAGACAUCAAAAUUAUUGUCUCCACUCUUACAAACACGACCCUGUCUGAAGGGGCUCAGCAAAAACAAGAAUACGAACUUAGAAUCGCUCAGCUCAAUUCCCAACUUGCGUCUCAACGCCAAUCAUAUGAAGCACAGAUCCGAGAUCUUACCGCUCGUCUAGAAGACAACCAACAUACUCUUUCGUCUAAAAUUGAAGAACUAUCAGGUAUUUUACGUCAUCAGAAAGAAGGUUCUCAAGUGAGAUUGGACGAUUUAUCAGCAGCGUUGACAAACCAGAGGGCCGAAUAUGAAGCAAAAAUACAAGACAUGCAUCGUGCAUUAAUGGAGCAAAAGGCAGGGUUAGACGGUCAUGUGAACGAGUUGAAUGCUUCAUUACUUGCAGAGAGGCAGAAGAAUUCUGUUCAAGGAAGGGAUUAUCAUUCUGCUAUGGCGCAAAAACACGAGUAUGAAGUACGGCUGAGGGAGAAGGAUGGGUUUAUUUUAUCGUUGCAACGUGAUAUGAAUGCCGUUGCAGCAGAAAAGAACAGAUUAUCGCAGUUGGUGCGAGACUUUGAAAAUAUGAUACGAGCUCAGGGUGGCGUAUCCGAUACCAGCAGGUUAAAUAUUGAAAGCAACUUGGAACAAAUAAGAAAUCAACUCGCGUCUAUAAACAUCACACCAAACUAUGGGGUUCCGCCAGGAGGAUUGCCUCACAAUCAACCGUAUGCUAGGCCACCAAUUCCGACAGUUUUAUCGCCAAACGUGCCAUUGACGACAUCACCAGAGCAAGAUCCAUUUUUGAAUGGACGUUCGCCAUCACCUAUCCAGAAGCUACCACCUCCUGCUGAUAACAAUACAAAUCGUCCGGGACAGCAAGGCCCCCCCCCCCCUCCGGCGAACUAUUUUCAGCAAUUCCGACGACCGCCAUUCUCUAAUCCAAACUAUUAUCAAGGACCCGCUCAGCCUCCACGCCCUCCAGGGUUUGUCGGCGGAUUUUUCAUCCCACCUGAUGGUGCCAACCCUCCACGUCCGCCUAAAGGUGGUGUUGCGAAUAAUGAAAAGUGA